AUGUGGCUGCCCCACAACACCGAGGUGGGCGCGGGCACCAUGAACCCCGCCACGUUCCUGCGCGUCCUGGGACCGGAGCCCUGGAACGUCGCGUACGCAGAGCCGUCGGUGCGGCCGGACGACUCGCGGUACGGGGAGAACCCGAACCGCGUGCAGCGCCACACGCAGUUCCAGGUUAUUUUGAAGCCCGACCCCGGGAACCCCCUGGAGCUGUACCUGGGCUCGCUGGCGGCGCUGGGCAUCGACGCGCAGCAGCACGACGUGCGCUUCGUGGAGGACAACUGGGAGUCGCCCGCGCUGGGCGCGUGGGGGCUCGGGUGGGAGGUGUGGCUGGACGGGAUGGAGAUCACGCAGUUCACGUACUUCCAGCAGGCGGGCGGGCAGCCGCUGGACUGCGUGGCCGUGGAGAUCACCUACGGCCUGGAGCGCAUCGUGAUGGCGCUGCAGGGCGUGGACCACUUCAAGGACAUCCAGUACAACGACAAGGUCAAGUACGGGGAGAUGUUCCUGCAGAACGAGUACGAGAUGUCGGUGUACAACCUGGACAAGGCAGACAUCUCCGACCAGCGCCGCCGCUUCGAACUCUUCCAGUCCGAGGCCAAGCGGAUGAUCGAGGAGCGCCUCCCGAUCCCCGCGUACGACCACCUCCUCAAGAUCUCCCACACCUUCAACGUGCUCGACGCCCGCGGCGCCGUCGGCGUCACCGAGCGGGCCAACAACUUCCGCGUCAUGCGCACCCUCUCCCGGGACGUGUCGCGCCUCUGGCUCGAGCGCCGCGAAGAGAUCGGACACCCGCUCGGCAUCGCCGAGAUCCCCGGCGACCCGGAGGUCGCCCCGUCGACCGAGGCGCUCCCCGCCGCGGCGACGUUUGUGCUGGAGAUUGGCACCGAGGAGCUGCCCCCGGACGAAGUGGACAACGCCGCCGCGCAGCUCCGCGACCGCUUCCCCGCGAUCCUGGACGACCUGCGUCUCGCGCACGGCGGCGUGUCGGUGCGCGCGACCCCGCGCCGCCUGGUGGUGAGCGUGUCGGACCUGGCGCCCCGGCAGGAGGACCUGGAGGACCGGCGGAGAGGCCCCCCCGCGGACAAGGCACUGGACGAGGACGGGAACCUCACGAAGGCGGGCGAGGGGUUCUGCCGGAAGAACGGCGUGACGAAGGAGCAGAUCGAGGUGGACGGGAAGUACGUGUUUGCCACCGUGCGCGAGGAGGGGCGCGCGGCCGGGGAGGUGCUGGGGCCCGCGCUGGCGCAGCUCGUGACGUCGCUGAACUUCCGCAAGUCGAUGCGGUGGGGUGCGGGCGCCACGGCCUUCUCGCGGCCCGUGCGGUGGCUGGUGGCCAUGCAUGGCGCGCAGGUGGUGCCGUUCGCGGCGUUCGGGCUGGCGUCGGGGUCGACGACGCGCGUGCUGCGCAACGACAGCAAGGGCACCGAGCGUGAGGUCGCAUCGGCGGAGGAGUACGACGCGGUGAUUGAGUCGGCGGGCAUCAUGGUGUGCGGUGACGACCGUCGCGAGCAGAUCUGGGCCGACGCGUGCCGCCUCGCGGACGAGGUAGGCGGCGUGAUUCCCGAGUCGGCGAAGACCGACCUGCUUGACGAGGUGGCCAACCUGGUGGAGGCGCCGAACGCGCUGCGUGGGUCCUUCAACGAGGAGUACCUGCAACUCCCCCCGGAGGUGUUGGUGAUGGUGAUGCGCAAGCACCAGCGGUACUUCCCCGUCUACGACAAGGACGGCAAGCUCCUGAACCACUUCAUCACGGUCGCGAACGGCCCGAUCGACACCGCGGCCGUGCGCGUCGGCAACGAGGCCGUCCUGACCGCGCGGUUCAGCGACGCCGUGUUUUUCUACAAGGAGGACCUGGAGGUGCCCCUGGCGGACUUCGUGCCCAAGCUCGAAGGCACGAUGUUCCAGAAGGAGCUCGGGACGCUCCUGGACAAGAAUGGCCGCGUCGAGGGCCUGGUCGCCCCCGUGGCGGACAUCCUGGGCGUGCCCGACUGCGUCGACACCGCGCGCAGUGCUGCGGAGCUGAGCAAGGCGGACCUGGCCACCGCAAUGGUGAUGGAGAUGACGUCGCUCGCGGGCACGAUGGGUCGGCACUACGCGGAGAAGCAGGGGCUCCCCGCGCCGGUGUGCGAGGCCAUCUUCGAGGCGGUGCUGCCGCGGUCGGCGGGCGACAAGCUCCCGACGUCCCCCGCGGGCAUCGUUGUCAGCGUGUGCGACAAGCUGGACUCGCUCGUCGGACUGUUCGCUGCGGGCUGCGCGCCCACGGCGUCGGCGGACCCGUACGGUCUGCGUCGCGCGGCGUACGGCAUGCUGCAGCCCCUGGUGUCGAGCAACGUGCGGUGCUCGCUCGCGGCCCUGAUCGACGCUGCGGCCGCCGUGCAGCCGCUCGAGAUCACCGCGGAGCACAAGGCCGACGUCGUCGACUUCGUGCAGCGGCGCCUCGAGCAGCUGUUCGUCGACGACGGGCUGACGGUGGAGGCGGUGCGGGCGGUGCUCGCCGAGCGCGGGGACGACCCCGCCCUCGCGAAGGAGACCGCCGCGGACCUCGCCGGUCUGAUGGGCUCGGACCUGCUCAAGUCGACGAUGCAGGUGUACGCGCGUCCGGUCCGCCUGACGCGGGGCAAGGACGUGGACCCCGCCUGGGUGGUGCAGGAGGACCUGUUCGAGCAGGACGAGGAGCGCGCGCUGUACGCCACGUUCAAGGAGGUGCAGGGCAAGGUGGACAGCGGCAUGAAGAUCGCGGACUUCCUCGAGGCGUCGCAGCCGCUCGCGGAGCCCAUGGAGGCCUUCUUCGACAACGUGUUCGUCAUGGCCGAGGACGAGCAGGUCCGGAAGAACCGCCUCGCGUUCCUCAGGGACCUCGCGCAGCUGCCGGAUGGUAUCGUCUCGUUCUCCGAGCUCCCCGGGUUCUGA